GAGCCAGCGGGCACGCACGCACUCCCCUCGGCGAGAGGAUCGGGCGCCGCGAAUGACGCGGUCGUAGCGGUCGACGCGAAUUAUGGCGGGCCGUAAGAUGAUCGACGACGUGUGCCGUGGGUUGCCGUUGCCGAAACCGCGCCACUUGUGGUCCUCGUCCGACGACGAGGAGGAGGGGGUGCGGGAGAGGACGGCUGCCCUACCGUCGCCGUCGGGGAACGAGGCCGUCGUCCGGUCGGCGGCGUCGUCGCCGUCGUCCGACGAGGGGAAGACGACCCCCGCCCGUUGCCGGGACGCGCAGCCCAGGAACAAUUCGUCGCCGAUGUCGGACCACUUCGGCAGGAGUCGCGCCGACCCCGUCGACCAGCAGCCGACAGGUCCGGACGCGCCGUCGCGUCGCGACAGCAACCACUUCAGUUUCAAGGCCUUCCUGAGGAACGGCACGCAGCAGACGAGCUAUCACAACACCGGGGCGCGGCCCAAGGUCUACUCGUCCGCCGCGUCAAGUCCCGGCGGUAUCCUCGACACGGACAACCCCGGCGGCGGCGUUUACCCCGGCCGAAACCCGACGGAGCUGCCGGACUUUGUGCAGGACCACCUGGUCAUCGAGCAGUGCUACUUGAAUCAAGACAGCAGCCAGCCGGUGCUGCCCGACGUGGACAACCUGCCGGACUUCGCGUUGAACAGUGUGGAGCAGAGGCAGUCACGGCUGCGCGGCGAGACCAAGAAGAAGGACACCGACGCCGCGUGCGACGAUCUACGGUCGUUCGAUCUCACCGGUACGCUGCACAAAGGCCUGCCGCACCGAGAGCACUCCGCGCCGAACGCGAUGCACCCGAAUCACCUGGACCUGCCUACGUUCGAGGACAGGCUCAACGAAACUGCGCCCGCCCUGCCUCGCCCUGAGCACAGAGGAUUUCCAUUCGACUUACCGCUGCUCUUCCCCGACUCGAAUCCCAGUGCGAACGCGAGCACACGAGACGAUCUACAGCCGGCAGGUGAGGCGAGCGUCCAUAAAUCUCUGCCGGACUUUUUAAGCGACGGCCCUAUACACAAUAGAUCUACAGACUCGGAACCUACCGCGGGCAUGACGGAGUCCACGGAGAGAAGGCUCUUGCUCGAGAACGAGAGAUUGCGUCAGCAGCUGGAGGUAUCUCGAAGACAGCUUGGCGAAAAAAUGGAAAGAAUCCGUUCACUGGAGACAGAACUGUUGUCCAAGAAGGAGGUCGAGCACGAAGAAGCUGUGCAUCUGGAAAAAGCGAUGGAGCAGGUCGAAGAUAACUUGAAACGAAGUACAAAGCGAGCAGUUAACGCCGAGAGCACCGUUACGUUGUUGAAGAAGCAAAUCGAGGUCUUGACGACAGAGAUAUCUCUGCUGCGACUGGAAAACAGUGAACUUCGAGCCAACGUCUCGACGGCUGGGCAAGGUGAAACGAACGCUGGUGCUGUUAACACGAAUCGCACGGUCAGAAGGCUCGCGCGUGAUUUAUUUGCGGCCGCAUCGUCGGCUGAAGUGUCCCUCAGACAAUUGAUGUCCGGCGUCGACAAUCUGAGAGUACUCGCAUCGACCCUCGAGAACGUGGACAGGAUAGAGGACUGGACCAAAGACUUUUUACCUGAUUCCGAUGAAGACAAUGCCGCUGGUCCAGCAGUAUAAUAGAAUUUUCUCUCUCUUUCUCUCUCUACAUAUUAUAUAUACAUAUAUAUAUAUUCGUAUUUUCACACUAUCUCCCUUUUUAUCACUUCAUCGUGUACCCCACCCUGUAAUUUCACUGCGCAGCCACUGACGACGAGUUGAUCGAUGCUAAUGCAUUGCUACGCAAUGUAUUGAUACAUUGAACGCAAUGAGAAUCCAUUAUCCAAUCGUUUCUUGUUAUCUACAUUGGUCGCUGAAUUUUUAAUUCCCUUCCCUUCCCCCCCCCCUGCUGGCUCAGAUAAAACGCCCCAACGCAAGAUCGCCUCGAUCUGAAUGUAUAAAUACAUAUUAUUUAUGAAAUGCUCGUUAUAUUUUUGUAUCUGUGACAAUUUGUAAAACUUAUUCGGUCGAAUCUGUGACGACGCGAAGCUGCAGAUACAUUUCCGACUAAUACCGUUAUCGUGACUUUCCUCGAUUAGAAGAAAUAUAUUUUCUUAGUUGUAUAUUGUACACCAGUGAGAAGAUGCAGAUUUGACGAAGGAACGGAAUCUCACGCGAUAUUAUCAGCAAGGCCGACAAGACA